AUGUAUAUUGAAAAAUAUCCAAAUUUAAAAGUGUCUUACAAAACUUACAGAACAAUUUUCUCAACCGAAUUUAAUUUGUCAUUUGGUUAUCCCAGAAAAGAUACCUGUAGUACAUAUGAUGAGUUUCAAGUGAAAAUAAAUAACUUAGAAGUUGAAAAGGGUAACAUUAUUUCAGAAGAUAAUGACGGCGCUCUUAGGCUGGAGGAUGAAAUAAGGCACUUGGAAAAUGAAAAUAAACUCCAUAAAUUGAAAGUAAACACAUUUUAUAUAAGGAAACGAGAAGCUACAAAAAGAAGCAGGAAAGGUAGCAAUGAAGAAGCAAUUUUCUUUGUAUAG